UAUUCAUUUUGUAUUUUAAACCCCGGAGAGGGAUUCCUCUGCCCCUGUGCCGUUGGUUGCCUCUGGACUCUUUCAAGAAGCACUGAAUCGGAUCAAAGAGCCUUUUCCUGCGCAAGUCCGACGCCCAGUUUGUCAUUAGCCGGGAUAUGAAUUGAGGACACUUCGCUCCAACACGCCUUUUCUUUGCUCCACGACUUUUUCCGGGCUCCUGUGUGUGUGUGUGUGUGUGUGUGUGUGUGUGUGUGUGUGUGUGUGUGUGUGUGUGUGUGUGUGUGUGUGUGUGCGUGCGUGCGUGCGUGCGUGCGUGCGCGCGCUAUGGGGAGGCCCUUUAUUGUUGCCGACCAAAGAGGGGAUUAGUCGACUUUGAGGCACUCACCUUUUAUUCAAACAAAUUAUUCACUUCAGCUAAUAUAAGGAAUUUUGACGCACGUGAACUUUUGGUGGAUGGGGUUUUUUUUUGUUGCAAAACGUUCACCCCCCCACUGCUCUACUCUAAAGCACAUCGUACCCACUUCCAUGACGCAUGCAUACCCGACUUGGUUUUAUAUUCAUCACAUUUGAAAGCAGCCUUACAGGUGCUUCCAGUCUUGCAUCAGCAUUCAAUUCACUGCAGACAUGUCCCCAAUAACCAUUUAGUUUAACUCUGCGCACGCACACGCAACCCAUAGCGUCCCAUGCGCGCGCAAUGUAUGGCGAGGGAGGGAGAGGGCAGGAGGGUCUCUGAGGUGAAGUGGGGGUGAGAAGAAACGGACUUGUAGCAAGAAAGCAAGCGAGAUGCGGUGUGGUCGUGGGGGGAUAGAAUGGGAAGGGAAGUAGUUUUGCUGCUCAAAUAGCGUUUAAAUCUCAUUGGUAAUCGUUCCUCAAGACAACAACGGGAUCACUUUUUUUAACAUUGUAGUUUGGUUUCAUUGAUGCAUUUUUAUACCCAACGGGUGAGGGAGACAUCAACUUCAGCACUUUGCGUAAAACUCAACUAAACCAUUUUACGCACGACUAUGAACUGCAGCUUUUGACCUCUUGGAUUGUAAACUUCGGCCUUUUUGUUCCCCUGGUCUUUUUUUUGAUGCCAGGUGUAUUGUAUUUUUUUUAGACUUAGGCGGACAAGCGGUUUGCCAGGAAAUAGAGAACCCACAAAAAACACUCGAGUUGGACUCGAACUCACUGAAUCGCCAGCACUACAAGCGCUUGCGUCCAGACCCUCGCGGGACCGAGCAGGGCGCCGGUUGACUUUUUUUUUUUUUUUGAAUGCCCAUGUCUCAACAGCAGAGCACUUUGCCCAGCACCGGCUGUGAGGCGGUGACGCGGCGGACCAUGGACAACAGGCCUGUCCGAAGAAAGCGGAUCGGUGCCGUUCGACAUCUGCUGCUGGCAGCCGCCUUCCUCGCCUGCAGCUCCCAACUGCUGGUGGUGGAGGCCAACUCGUGGUGGUCACUCGCUCUGACCCCGAUCCAGCGGCCUGAAAUGUACAUCAUCGGAGCACAGCCCCUCUGCAGUCAGCUGUCUGGUCUCUCUCAAGGCCAGAGGAAGCUGUGCCAGCUGUACCAGGACCACAUGGUCUUCAUCGGAGACGGAGCCAAGACGGGCAUCAAGGAGUGCCAGUACCAGUUCAGACAGAGGAGGUGGAACUGCAGCACAGUGGACAACACGUCCGUGUUUGGACGGGUCAUGCAGAUUGGCUCCAGGGAGACGGCCUUCACCUACGCCGUCAGCGCGGCCGGCGUGGUGAACGCCAUCAGCCGGGCGUGCCGCGAGGGCGAGCUCUCCACCUGCGGCUGCAGCCGCGCCGCUCGACCCCGCGACCUGCCGCGCGACUGGCUGUGGGGCGGCUGCGGCGACAACGCGCACUACGGCUACCGCUUCGCCCGGGAGUUUGUGGACGCCAGGGAGCGGGAGAAGAACUACCCGCGCGGCUCCACUGAGCACGCCCGCACGCUGAUGAACCUGCAGAAUAACGAAGCGGGGCGACAGGCCGCCUAUAACCUCGCAAACGUAGCCUGCAAAUGUCACGGCGUCUCCGGCUCCUGCAGCCUCAAGACCUGCUGGCUCCAGCUGGCCGACUUCAGACGCGUCGGGGAGUUCCUGAAGGAGAAGUACGACAGCGCCGCCGCCAUGCGCAUUGGACGCAAGGGCAAGCUGGAGCUGGUGGACAAGCGCUUCAACACGCCGACCGCGGAGGAUCUGGUCUACAUCGACACCAGCCCCGACUACUGCCUCCGCAACGAGACCACCGGCUCGCUGGGCACGCAGGGCCGCCUCUGCAACAAGACCUCGGAGGGCAUGGACGGCUGCGAGCUCAUGUGCUGCGGCAGGGGCUACGACCAGUUCAAGACCUACAAGCACGAGCGCUGCCACUGCAAGUUCCACUGGUGCUGCUACGUCAAGUGCAAGCGCUGCACGACGCUCGUGGACCAGUUUGUGUGCAAAUAGCACGCCGACGGACCGAGGGCGCGCGUGGGGGGGGGGGCUGAGGAGGUGAGGGGGGAGAUGACGGGAUGGUGCUUGAACUUUCAGGGUUCAGGGGUCCGUUUUUGGGGGAGCAGUUUCCCACCCCCUUCUCUCCUCCCGUUCAUAAAUCUCUGCCCUUUUUUCACGUGAAGAGCAAAAGCUGCGUUACAACUGUAUGGGCAUAUUUUUGUUAUGUGUGUAAAUAAGUACGAUGGUGGAUUGAUGGAGGGGAAAGAAGACCGGGUGGAUGUGAAGAUAGAAGGACUGUGAUUUCGGCCAUGUUUUUUUUCCGGAUAACUCUAUGCUAUUCGUUCUUUGACGGAGGUUCCUGUUUGUCAUUACUCCAGCAUCACACUCUCCUGUCCUGCAUGAUACCCUGAUCUCAACCCUUGACAGGAAGGACAUUUGGGGGAAAAACACGCUGGACAACUCAAAAGGACAUCACGGAUAAAUGGACUGAGAAAGUGGAAUAACGAUCCUAAAAAGGGGACACAUAUGAAAAAAAAAAGAGAGAUGAAAUAAAUAUAUAAUUAAAUAAUAAAUAAACCUACAACUCUGAUUGUUAUUUAAAGAUACGUAAACAAAACCAAAAGCACGUGUUCAGGAAUCCCAGAAAUCAAUGCAGUCCCUUUUGAGUUUGAAGCGAUGUGAGUUGUGUCAACGUGUCUUUAACUUUAACCAUACAAAGAGAAAUCCUCACAUGAGUGCUGAUGUUGUUCUAACACAACAAGCACGGAGAACACAAGAAAACGAGGCAAAGUCCACGCUGAAGCGCGCCGACGAGAGAGGAGAAUCAGAUGUAGAAAGGGAAUAGUGAAAAGGGGCCGAUAUUUCAAACAAAAUUGGAGGCCACACAAGCUGAAUUUAAGAAAAAGUCAAAGACGGACUAACGACUUCCAGGACAUCCUCAGUGUAACUACUGCGGUUGGGAGCGGAUCUCCAACGACCUUUGACCUGACGGGGGAGUCUGGUCGCCCUGGUGAGGCGUCGCCAAUCGCGGCCGUCUGGGCACCGCGUGCGCUUUAAACAAGCAGCUCGCACGAGCGCCGUCCUUCACCCGACAGUGAAAGGGAGCGAAACCACCAUUUAGUGAGAAUAAUUGUGCUGCUUCUGCCUUAAUCGACCCGCACAAAGAGACACAUUGACUUUGAGUGGGCGUCUUCAUCUCAUGCUAUGCAACCUGUUCAGUCAUCAAAAAAAGCCCUGUGGUUGUAUUGUUUUUUUUGGCCAGUUUGACCAUCAGUUUAACAUGUUUUAAUGCUGCCAUACGAGGAAUUUUGCAACUUUUAUAGGAUGGGUUGAGAAAACCUUAAAGUGUAUAAUGUAUUCCAAUCAAUAGAAGCAGUUCAUAAAACAGACGAAGAGGACAAAGUGAACAUAAAAAGACUGAAAAUGCUGUGGAAAAACAGAGGACUGCAAUUUAUUAUGUGCUAUGUCAAAAAAAAGGUAGAUAAGAAAAGAAGGUAUAUUUUAUUAUUGUUUUUCAUUUUCUGUUUUCUAUGUUUUCUACAUGAGUAUUUUUGUGUAUUCUUUUGAUAAACCAGUCUUGGCCAACAACGCUUUGUUCUGUUCUUGAGUGUGUUACAAAAAUGAUGCAUGCGGUUGUUAAAUGGGGAGGCAACGUAGAACAGGAAACUAAAUGACUCUUUUUCAAUUUAUGCCAAAAUGAUGUAUUAAAUAUAAAAUGCUCAAUUAUUUGAAAGGGGUGCUGAAUUGAUUUUUACAAUCAAAGUUUAAAAAAAUAAUAAUUUCACUGUUUCAAAACAUAAAAUUACAGCAACUAGCACAGGAAUACGCAACAUUACCACCACGACAUAACUCUGCAGGGUUAGCGUUCAUGUUUUAUUAAUGAACUCUGUGAAGCUAAAACUUUGCUCCCGAGUCGGCAGGUUUUGUGUCGCCUGAUGGUGUGACGAGGCUUUUGAAGAACCUCAUCGCUCACCUCUAUGCUCUGCAAACCCUUUCUGGAGGAAUAUAAACAGUCUGUUUCUGUGAUGUAUCAAAGACAAUCAAAUAAUAAGAGAACAUUGGAAAUUGUCCAAACAUUUCUUUCAUAUUCUUAGUUCAAGAUUCAAAGUUCUUUAGUUAAAUGUUCCUUGUACUUGCUCACAAUGACUAUUUCUGACCAAUUUGAGACCGUGAGAAUAGCGUGUGCACUUGGUAAGUUGAACUAUGUCUUGGGCGCUGAAUUAAAAAUGUACCCAGAGGUGAUCUUCACAUUUACUUUGUCCUCUAGCACGUUCCUAAUGAUUAUUGAGUUCGUUUUUUUCAAGGAAAUUCCCUAUAAAUCAACCAUUAUUGAUCAGUAUUACGGUCCGACUGUGUUUAUGUUUAUUACCACAGCACAUUGAGGUCAUAUAUGUGUAUUGUUUUUUUCACGUAAAAAAGUAAAAUAUGUAUGAAAGUUG